UUCGUCGCAGUUCGCGGGUGGUCGCGUGUGUGCGUUGCGCCGAGCACGCUCUCGCCGCCGCGCGGGGGCUAUAUAUUGUGCGGGAAUCGAGAGCGUCGAAACACGAACCGAGAUCAGACUGACUUUACGAAAAUCGAUCGGCGCUCAUCGUCGUCGGGUUAGCGACGCCUGCAAACCAGCGUGUGUCCAUUCGGGAGCGCGGUUCCACGGCAGAAACGACCGCCGACGGCCGGUCUCUCACCCUCUCUCGGGGCCUCUCUCUCUCUGUCUCUCUAUUCCCCUUUCUCUCCGUCGCGGUUACUCCUCUCUCUCUCUUUCUCUCUCUCUCUCUCUCACUCCUCCAAAUGUCGAGGGUGGCCUGGUGUCCCCCGAAGCACAGGAACGUUCCUCCUUGCCCCGGCUCGAGCGUAGCAGGCUCUCGUUGGUGGUGCGGCGGUCGCGAGAAGGUGAUCGAGUGAGCGGGUUUUCCUCGUCGGAGACGGUGUGCGUGGGUGCGCGAGUGCCGGACCGACCUUUGACUGGACUCGGAUGGUCGUGAGGUCCGACGGGGGCUACCACGGAAAGUGAAAAUCAUCCUGGAAGAAGGCGGCCCUCGCGGCGGACGUCCUCGCGGAGCACGAGGAAGCACCCCUAACCGUGUCCUGCCCGCGAUCGCCAUUAAGGAACGGCACUCGGCGUUCGACAAUAAUCGAAAUAGGAGAGACUGCACAUGACCCAGUUGCUCUCGGAACCUUCCCCUCGGGCAACCGCGUUUUCUCUCCGUAAGUAGAAUAAAUCGAAAUCGUGCGAACGCACGCUCUCGGCCAGCAGCACACGGCGGCAAGAGCUCAGAGCAGCAGCAGUAGCAGCAGCAGCAUCGCCAGGCUAGGCGGACGAGAGAAAGGGGAUCGAAUUGAUUCGGCCGAAGGUCGGUUCGCGAACGCAUCGUCCGCGGAUCGGUCCUCCGAAACGGGAUCCUCGAUGCAGGAUCGGGAGGAAGCGGGCAACGGUUCGCUCGAAAGGUUCUUUCUGCGCCGGAUUAAUCGGUGAGCGUGUCCUGCGCCCUUUCCCUUGCCCCUCGCACGGGGGUAUCCUACAGAGGACAUCGCACGAGGAAGCGGCGGGAGGAGGUGGCGGAGGCGGCGGUGGAGGAGGAAGAGGAGAAGGAGGACGUCUACCUCUUGACGUGGAAUGAUAAUAAAGGAGAGCCACAGGACAGGCCGGCGCGGGGCGACAUUAUGCAAGCAGUGGAUUUGAACGGAACGAACUCACCCCUCAGACCAUCCCCCUUUGGGAUGGCAAUUGGGGCGCUCGCCGGGGUCGCGAUCAAGCUCGUCAUCAGCGGGUACAUACUCGCCGUGGUCGUCUACGUGAACGCCACCGGCAACUGGGGCAAGGACGAUGACUUGGUCGCAACAUUCGAAGUCAGUGCCGUUCUGGGGAGUACCGCUAGUUUGCCUUGUGACAUUAAGCCGUCCACGCGAGAGGAUCGCGUAUACAUGGUGCUUUGGUUCCGCGAUGACGCGGUGAAACCGAUCUACAGCUUCGACGUGCGGGGAAGGGCGUUCAACGAAGCCCUGAACUGGUCGAACAGCACCGUGGUCGGGCCGAGGGCGUACUUCAUGACCGUCACGAAGCCGGCCACCCUUUCCCUGAAAGCGGUCCAGCUGGAUGACGAAGGGAUCUACCGAUGCCGGGUGGACUUCAAGAACUCGCCGACGAAGAACUAUCAAGUGAAUCUCACUGUGAUCGUUCCGCCGCACCAGCUUCUAAUUUACAACAGCUCCGGGGCGGUGGUGGAGAACACCGUGGGACCGUCGCAAGUCGGCGUCGAGUUCAAACUGUCCUGCGAAGUCAGAGGAGGCAAACCGACGCCGGUGGUCAGCUGGCUGGUCAACGAGAAGGAAGUGGACAGCAUCUCAGAGGAAACCGAAGGGAACAUAGUGGUCAGCAAGUUGAGGAUACCCCAGCUGAGGAGGGAGCACAGGAACACCACGUACAAAUGCAGGGCUUCGAACACGAAUCUUAUACCUCCGUUGGAAAAAACGGUCCUCUUGGAAGUCCUUCUGAAGCCAUUGUCGGUGAAGAUCCUGUCGAAGCCGGCGAUCCUCGAAACAAAUAAGAACUACUCGAUCGCCUGCGAGACCACCGGAUCGCAUCCUCGAGCUCGAAUCACGUGGUUGGAGGGAGACAACGUUUACCAGAACGGCAAAGUACUCGACGGCGGUAACAUCUCGGUGGUCCAAAGCACGUUGGAAUUCUCGCCGGUCCCGGACGACCACGGGAAGAUCCUGAAAUGCCGGGGGGAGAACCCGGCACUAACCGACGCGUACUUAGAAGACUUCUUUCAAUUAAACGUAGCUUUUCCACCGAAAGUACAAUUACACCUGGGCAACACGCUGAACGCGGAGAAGAUCAAAGAGGGGGACGACGUCUACUUCGAGUGCAAGAUCUGGGCCAACCCGCAACACCAUAAGAUCACAUGGAGGCAUAACGACGGCGAGUUGACGCAAAACAACUCGGCCGGAAUAAUCAUGAGCACUCAGAGCUUGGUGCUGCAGAAGAUCGGCAGAGACAAUGCGGGCAACUAUACUUGUCGCGCAAGCAAUGUUCGCGGAGAGACGACGAGUCCUGCGGUUACUUUGCGAGUACAGUUUGCCCCAGUGUGCAAAGCGAAAGAGAUAUCGGUGAUCGGCGCCUCGCUGGAGGAGUCCGUGAAAGUCCGUUGCGAGGUGGACGCAGAUCCGAACGAGGUUGAGUUCGUCUGGGAGUUCAAUAACAGCGGAGAGAACUUCGAGGUCGCGCCAGCGAAGUUCGACGGCAAUAAUGGGACAAUGAGCGAGUUGGUGUACACGCCGGUGUCGGAGAGGGACUACGGUGCUCUAACUUGUUGGGGUAGAAACAUGAUCGGGAAACAGGAGGCGCCUUGCAUCUAUCAAAUCAUUCCUGCGGUGAAACCGAAUCCGCUGAACAACUGCACGAUAAAGGCUUCGCUGAACCAAAGUUCCGAGAUCCUGGAGGUCGAGUGCGUGCCAGGAUACGACGGCGGCCUCAGGCAAGAGUUCCGAUUAGAAGCUUACGAGGUGGUCACGGGAAAUCUGCGAGUGAACGCUUCCAGCAUUUCUGCGGACGUGCCGUUAUUUCGUAUCGCCGUGGCGGACCUGCUUCCAGCCACCCAUUUCUACCUUGUCACGUACGCCGUGAACGCUAAAGGAAAAAGCGAAGUCAGUCUGCUCGAAGAUAUAAUGCUGAGGGACUCUGAGAAGCACACAGACAGCGGAAUCAGCAUGGUGCCUCUAAUCCUGCUUCUGAUCGGCUGUUUGAUGGCGUUCGUCGUCACCGUGGUCUCGGUGCUCCUGAUGAUGUACCGACGAAGAAGCGCGAUGAGCAUCACCUCCCCGGUGCUGAUCGAGCCGUACAUGAAACAGCCGAUAAUCACGCCGCCGGACUCGAGGAACAACUCGAUGCUCGACGUUACACACGGCGAUCACACCUACUUCGUCGAGUACACGUUGAAACAGGUGACGGAUUACGCGCUCAACAAUCAACCGGACAUCAUCCAGUCGCCUCAAGUUGUUUCAGACCAGGAGAAGAUUAAGCGGGAACCGCAACUAUUUCUACCUGUGAGACCGGACACCCUAUUCGCGUCGUACGACAUCCACAAACAGGGGCUUCAGACGAACAGAUGCAGCUUGAACCCGUUCUCUGCGAAAUCCUGGGAGCCCAUAAGCUUCAAAACUGACCGUACCCUGAUGAAGGAGAUCAUUAUCGCCAACUCUAUACCUGGUCCAGAAAGUUGCGUGUAAAGUGAGCCACGCGUAAUGAAAAAAAAAACACGAGCAAACAUAUCAGAAGGACCGAUCUCGAAGCCUAAAAAACAAUCGUACGUUAAUCGUCGCCGGUGCAAGGUGAACGGGAAGAACUUAACGAACUGCAACUGGUCCUAUCCGGAUCCCGCGAUCGGUGAACGCUACGGAUUACCGGCAACGACCUAGGAAUCAUCAAGGCGACUAGUUGCAUACUAACUAAACGCUACACAUGGUGUAUUAUUCCAAGUUUAAUAUAUUUUGUGUCAAGUCUUA